CUGGCUGCGGACGAGUCUGGAGCGGAAGGAGGCAGCCUGCUGGUCCGGGGAUGGGGCUUGUUACUCGGGAGGGGGUGCGGAUCGGGGCCUGUUCCUGUGGGUGAAGGUGAUGCCCGUGGCUGUGUUUGAGUGUUUGUUGGGCUGAGAAACCCGGCUCUUCACUGCGAAUGUGUCUCCGCGCUUGUCACCGCGUAUGUCCGGGUGGCCUCCUGUGUCUCCCCUUUGAUUGUGGCCUGCUCUGCCCCUGGUCACCAUGGGCACUGGAAGGAUGGCCACCCAGCCGCUGACCACGAAGGCCCUGGGGUCGGUGACAUUCAGGGAUGUGAUCGUGGACUUCACCCAGGAGGAGUGGCAGCAGCUGCAGCCUGCGCAGAAGGACCUGUACAGGGACGUGAUGAUGGAGACCUACUGGAACCUGGUCUCGCUGGAUUUGGAGACUAGACCUGAAAGGAAAGAAUCAGACCCACAGGAGGACAACUGGAAAGGCAGACCAUCCACUACGGUGGUUGCAGAAGGAGCCACAAGGAAUGGUGCCUGGGGUUGCGUCUGGGAAGGAGCAGCGGGGACACAGGGUGACUGGAUAGGGUGGCGACAGGGGAGCCCGUGUACCUGUUGGGGGUGUUUGGACAUGUCUCAGGCAUUAGCCCCUGAAUGUUGUGGAUUUAAGGCAUUCGACCAAAGCCCCAUGCCAGCCCCAAUGAGAUCGGAAGGACUGAGAGGAGCAGGGACGCACCUGUUCACCAUGUGUAGGAAGGACUCGGGUACUUCAAGCCUCGGUCCUCCCUCCAAACUCCAUGCAGAGAAGCCCUAUGAGUGCGGACAGUGUGGCAAGGCUUUCAGCUAUAAGUCGUCCCUGAGCGAGCACCAACGAAUCCACACUGGGGAGAAGCCUUUCUCAUGCGCCACGUGCGGUAAGCAGUUCACCCUGCGGUCUUCCCUCACCACCCACCAGCGCCUGCACACCGGGGAGAAGCCGUACGUGUGUGGUGCCUGCAGCAAGGCCUUCAGCCAGAAGGCUCACCUCAUGCAGCACCAGAGGACGCACACCGGGGAGAGUCCGUACACAUGUGGGGACUGUGGCAAGGCCUUCAGCCAGAAGGCGCACGUCAUACAGCACCAGAGGACACACACUGGAGAGAAGCCGUAUGCAUGCGGGGCCUGUGGAAAGGUGUUUAGCCAGAAAGGGAACAUCAUCCGGCACCAGAGGACGCACACUGGAGAGAAGCCGUAUGUGUGCAAGGACUGUGGAAUGGCCUUCAGGCUGAACAGGAAACUCAUUGAGCAUCAGAGUACGCACACUGGGGUGAAGCCCUAUUUCUGUUGGGACUGCGGCAUGGCCUUCAGUCGCAAUGAUUACCUCAUCGCACACCAAAGGACGCACACCGGGGAGAAGCCUUACGUGUGCGGAGACUGUGGCAAGGCCUUCAUGCACAACAGGAGCCUUAUUGCCCACCAGAGGACGCACACCGGGGAGAAACCAUAUGCGUGCAGGGACUGCGGCAAGGCCUUCAGCCGGCAGGAGUGCCUGAAAGCUCACCAGAGGACACACACCGGGGAGAAGCUGUAUGCGUGCAGAGAUUGUGGCAAGGCCUUCAGACAUAAGGGGAACCUCAGCCUGCACCAGAGGACUCAUACAGGGGUGAAGGCGUAUGUGUGCAGCACCUGCGGCAAGGCGUUCAGCCGCAACAGGAGCCUCGUUGUCCACCAGAGGAUGCACACUGGGGAGAAGCCGUACGCAUGCACAGACUGUGAAAAGGCCUUCAGUCGGAGUGAGCACCUCAUGGUGCAUCAGCGGACACACACGGGCGAGAAGCCGUAUAUGUGUGGCCAGUGCGGCAAGGACUUCACGCAGAACUACUCUCUCAGGGAGCACCAGCGCGUGCACACCGGGGAGAAGCCCUACACGUGUGACCAGUGUGGCAAGGCCUUCAGGCAAAACUCCUCACUCAGGGAGCACCAGCAUGUGCACACCAGGGAGAAGCCCUAUGCGUGUGACCAGUGUGGCAAGGCUUUCAGCUAUAAGUCGUCCCUGGGUAAGCAUCACCGAAUCCACACCAGGGAGAAGCUCUUCUCGUGUACCACGUGCGGUAAGCAGUUCACCCUGCGGUCUUCCCUCACCAUCCACCAGCGAGUGCACACCGGGGAGAAACCAUAUGUGUGUGGGGACUGCGGCAAGGCCUUCAGCCAGAAGGCUCACAUCAACCGGCACCAGAGGACGCACACUGGGGAGAAGCCGUACGCAUGUGGGGACUGUGGCAAGGCCUUCAUCCAGAAAGGGAAUCUCGUCCUGCACUGGAGGACACACACUGGGGAGAAGCCCUACACAUGUGGGGACUGUGGAAAGUCCUUCAGCCAGAACAGGAGCCUCAUCGUGCAUCGGAGGAUGCACACUGGGCAGAAGCCGUACUCCUGUGGGGACUGCGGAAAGGCCUUCAGCCAGAACGAGUGCCUCAUCCUGCACCAGAGGACGCACACUGGGGAGAAGCCGUACAUAUGUGGUCAGUGUGGCAAGGCCUUCAGGCAAAGCUCCUCGCUCAAGGACCACCUGCGCUUGCACACCGGGGAGAAGCCGUACACGUGUGACCAGUGCGGCAAGGCCUUCAGGCAAAGCUCCUCGCUCAGGGACCACCAGCGCGUGCACACUGGAGAGAAGCCCUACAAGUGCAGCCAGUGUGGCAAGGCCUUUAGGAAGAACCACUCUCUCAGGAAGCACGGGCUCGUGCACACCAGGGAGUAGUAGCCUUAGGGGUGCUCCAUCUGUCAGAAGCACUUCAUGACAUGCUCGUCUCCAGAAGCACUUGACGGACCACACUGUAGAGAAGCCAUGUAAGCGCAGCCAGUGCUGCAAAACCUUCAUCGGGAGCUUAUUGCUUUCUUUUCACCAGAGGAUCCACAUGGGAGACAAGCCCUACAAGUGUGUCAAAUAGGGGAGAACCUUGAGGAACUUCAGCCUCACAGGACACAUAGCAGGGAGGUGGGGCAUCUCAGACUGGCAGGUCUCGAGGCCAUGGGCAAGUUCAAAACUGACAUUUGGAUCCCACAGGUAGGACACAAGAGAAGUCCUACCCAGACAAGUCACAGGAAUGUGGGCUCUGGAGACGGACCACGUCAUACUCACUGUUUGCUUCUGCAGCAUCUGCACGGCCCUAUGGAACGUAAGCCCCGUUACAGGUCAGGUAUCUGGGAGUGUGGUAGGGGCACGUGGCUGCAGACCAAGCUGGAGUGAACUGGCCCAUGAGCUUGAACAAAGCAUUUAAUGCCUCAGGGUCUCCAUCUCCUAUAUAGUAAAGUGGAGGUGGGGGAGGAGGAAUGAAUAGGAGGAGGUGGUUUCCAUGGGCACAUGGGCAGUUUGUCACACAUACCUGGAUCUAAUCCAGAGAUCGGGUUGUUCCCAUCUGUGUGUUUGCUCGUUUUCCACACAUACAGCCCCUAGUUUCUCUGCAACACCAGUUGGAAGGCCCCAAGUUCAUAAGCUGUAGAAGAUACCAGGUGGGUCUUGAAAAAUUUUUUUUUUUUUCAGAAUUAGGAAGUAACAAUAAUUUCUUCUGAUACCAAGGUUUCUCAUAAUGAUUUUUUUUUUAGAAAAGCCACUGUAAGCACUUUUAUUGCAAUUUUCUUCUUUUUUUCUAAGUCUUAUUUAUUUUUAGACAGAGGGGAAGAAGAGAAACAUCAAUGUGUGGUUGCUUCUUGUGUACCCCCUGCUGAGGACCUGGCCUGCAACCCAAGCAUGUGCCCUGACUGGUGAUUUAACCAGUGACUUAGGUUUGCAGCCCACUGAGCCACACCAGCCAUGGCUUAUUUUAUAUUUUUAAUUUUAUUUAUUUAUUCUGUAGAGAGAAGUGAGGGGAAGCAGAAAGAGGGAGAGAAACAUUGAUAAUGAGUGUGAAACAUUGAUCUCUUGCCUCUCGUAUGCACCCUGACCAGGGACCAAACCCUCCACCUAGGCGUGUGCCCUGACCGGGAAUUAAACCCACAAACUUUUUCUUUGCAGGAUGAUGUCCAAUGAGACUGGUUAGGGUGUCUACUUAUUUUAUAUAUUUUUUAAGUGCAAAAGCAUUACAUAUUUAAAAAGUCCAAUCUCUCUCUUUGUCCCUCCAGUGUUUUUCAUUGUUUUUUAAGCAGAGAACGCACUUUUCCAUCCAUGGGCUGCUCACCAC